ACUACUACUACCUACCACUACUACAGUAAUAUUAUUAUUCUUAUCUCCUUGACUUAACUAUUGCCAGCCAUUAUUUAUUUCAUUAUUGCGCAAAACGUUGUAACAGAAGACACAAUUAAAGUAUUUCCGCAUUAAAAAAAACCUUUUAAACAUUAGUGCUGCACUACUUAAAGUUAGUUUUCAUUAUUAUUGAUUGUAUUCAAAAUGCCGGCUAAAGCAGUGUGCGUUUUAAAUGGAGAUGUUAAAGGGACUGUUUUCUUCAGCCAAGAGAAUGACAAAGCCCCAGUAGUGGUGACCGGAGAGGUGUCAGGAUUAACAAAGGGUAAACAUGGUUUCCAUGUGCAUGAGUUUGGUGACAACACAAACGGCUGCACGUCCGCCGGCGCACACUUCAACCCAGGGAAGCAGGAGCACGGCGCGCCCACCGCCACCGUGCGCCAUGUCGGCGAUCUCGGCAACAUCGAGGCCACCGCUGACGGAGGAGUCACAAAGGUUUGCAUCCAAGACUCGCAGAUCUCCCUGUCUGGACCGAACAGCAUAAUCGGGCGCACGCUGGUGGUGCACGCGGACCCCGACGACCUCGGCAUCGGCGGCCACGAGCUCAGCAAGACCACCGGCAACGCGGGCGCGCGCAUCGCCUGCGGGGUCAUAGGACUCGCCAAGUCUUAAUGCACCAACUAAUAUAGCUCUUAGUCUAUAUCGGUCCAAAUAUUGUCUAUGGUUUGACAUAUUCUUAAAACAAAUUAUAUAAUUCUUGUUGAAGUCGUCUUAUCCACUUAUUUAUUGUCCUACAGUAAAAUUUGGACCACAUUGUCACAACUUGUAGGGAACCAGUUGAAUAUUCUCAUGUUAUUUAAUGCUAGAUUUUUGCAUUCCUUAAGCCUACCAUUGCUCUUGUUGCUGUCCUCCAGUGGGUGUAGGGAACAUUGAAAUGUAUGCUUGUUUUGUUUUUUUAAUAAAUGUUUAUAACUAGCA